AUGAAGCUGGAAAAAUCAGGGGCUCUUGAGCCUCAUGUAAGUGUUGAAAUCGGGGAAAUCAAAAGCUAUGUUUCUAAUAGAUCUUUAGAAGAAAUGACCGAUGCUAAGGCAACCAAAAUCUUAUCAUCAGCUCAAGCUGAUUUGGAUAUGGCAGCAGAAACUGGGUAUAAACCGGAAUUAAGACGGAAUUUCUCUGUAUUAUCACUUUUGGGCGUUGGGUUCGGAUUGACUAACAGUUGGUUCGGAAUUUCCGCUUCGUUGAUUACUUCUAUUGCUUCUGGUGGUCCAAUGAUUGUUGUCUAUGGGAUUAUCAUUGUGGCAUUGGUUUCUUCUUGUAUUGCUAUCACGUUAUCUGAGUUGAUCUCAGCUUAUCCAAAUGCUGGUGGUCAAUACUACUGGACCAUGAAAUUGGCUCCAAAGAAAUAUGCUCCUUUUUUAUCUUAUUUAUGUGGUGCUUUGGCAUGGGCUGGUUCUGUGUUCACAAGUGCUUCAGUUACUAUUGCAAUUGCUUCUUCAUUUAUGGGGAUGGUGGUGUUGGGGUCUGGCGAUCCAAAUAAAACAGUUAAAACUUGGCAAGUGUUUGUGGUUUAUCAAGUAGCAAACUUGUUAUUGGUAUUCUUUAAUUUAUAUGAAAAACCGCUUCCUGCCAUUUCAAAAGGUGCCUUGGGGAUCUCUUUGAUUUCAUUUUUCACUAUUAUGGUUGUAGUCUUAGCAAAGGCAGAUGGGAAAUUCCAAUCUGCUCAUUUUGUGUUUGUCCAAUUCACAAAUGGUACCGGUUGGAAUUCAAGUGGUAUUGCCUUUAUUGUCGGGUUAAUCAACCCCAAUUGGUCGUUCUCUUGUUUGGAUGCUGCAACCCAUAUGGCUGAAGAAAUGUUAGAUCCAAGACGACAAAUCCCAAUUGCUAUCAUUGGUACUGUGAUUAUAGGAUUUGUUACCUCCUUUUCUUAUUCCAUUGCUAUGUUCUUCUCCAUUAGAAACUUGGAAGAUCUUUAUACUUCUAGAACCGGAGUCCCUAUCAUGGAUAUCUUCUACCAGGUUUUAGGUAGUAGAAGUGGUGCCAUUGGAUUGGAAAUCUUAAUCUUCUUAACUGCCAUUGGUUGUAACAUUGCUUCUCAUACUUGGCAAGCAAGAUUAUGUUGGUCCUUUGCUAGAGAUAAUGGGUUACCUGGCUCUAAAUAUUGGAGAGCUGUUUCUUCCACAGGGGUCCCUGUAAAUGCUCAUCUCAUGUCUUGUGCUUGGUGUGCAGUUAUUGGUUGUAUUUAUAUGGGAUCUACAACUGCAUACAAUGCCAUGGUGGUGGGUUGUAUUAUCUUUUUGCUCUUAUCAUAUUUGAUCCCCACUGUUUGCUUGUUGAUUAAGGGGAGAAAUAACAUUCCUCAUGGUCCAUUCUGGUGUGGAACCGUGGGGUUAAUCUCCAAUUGUGUGCUUAUCUUCUGGGCCAUUUUCGCCACGGUCUUCUACUCCCUUCCUGCUGUCAUGCCAGUUACCCAAAACAACAUGAACUAUGUUUCGGCUGUGUUUGUGGGGUACACGCUUUAUUGUGUGAUCUACUGGAUGCUAAGGGGUAAACAUCGAUUCACUUAUGUUGAAGAAAGAGAAGCUGGUAUUCCUGAUUUGACCCAUGAAUUGUCCCAUAAAUUAGAAGAAUUGGAAGUGGUGUUGAGUGCAAAGGUUACCAACUUGGAUACAGUACUUUCCGCUAGAAAUGCUCGUCGUUAUGAUGGCAUUGAUCAGAAGAUGUAA